AUGCAGACUCACACAGUUUCGCGUGCUAUUAUAUCCUUAUGGGCGACCCUUCUGGUGUUCUCCGUACUAGCCGCUUCCUCUCCCAUACCUGCUCCUGAACCCAUAGAUCCUGGCACUGCAUCUGUCCUUUCCAGCAACCUUAACCUUGCAUGUACAAAUGGAUGCCCAGCAGCGUCCAGUGCUCAGCAACUCGAAGCAAAUGCGGCAAUGGUACGACAUGGGUCGGCUGCGAAGCCCGUGCACUUGCUUGGCGCUGUUCUCAUUAUUGGCGCCCUCCUCACUGCACUCUAA